CACAUAUUCUUUGUACAAAGAGGGCAGUCAACCAAGCACAAAGGAGAGAGAAGGUAAAGUAGAAGCCCCAACAGUAUUUCCACUUGCUCACUUGCCACAAUAAUCUCUCUCUCUCAAUGGCUCAAACUCUCAUUAAUUUCACAACAAGACAGCGUAUGAAGUGCAGAACAUAUUUCAAUCCUUGAAAAAAACAAGAAAUAUGCUAUCGAUGGAAAAACAAGGCAGCAACUCCGGCCACCGCGAGCCCCCGCCCUCCUCCCUCCAACUCCUCUCCCACCACCAAAGUCAACCCGAUUCAGCCCCACCCCAUGGCCCCUUCAUGGGCUCCAUUUCCACACAACCAACCGCCGCCGCCACAAACUCACCCCCCUCCUCCACCACCACCAAUUCCGACAGCAAAGCCCUGGUGGUCAAGAAGCCCUCCAAGGACCGCCACACCAAAGUGGACGGCCGCGGGCGCCGCAUCCGCAUGCCCGCCCUCUGCGCCGCCAGAGUGUUCCAAUUGACCAAAGAAUUGGGCCACAAAUCGGACGGAGAGACCAUCGAGUGGCUCCUCCAGCAGGCCGAGCCCUCCAUCAUCGCCGCCACCGGCACCGGCACAAUCCCGGCCAACUUCUCCACCCUCAACGUCUCCCACCGCAGCAGCGCCACCACCUCCAAAUCCACCCCCCUCUUCCUCGGCGCCCCGCCCGCCUUCCACCACCACCACCUCACCGCCGCCACAUUCGGACACGAACCGGACGAAAACACCUACUCCAAAAAACGGUUCAGAGAAGACAACCCCGGUUCACCCAAACCGGGCGAAAACGAAUCCAGCCCUAAUAAACCCGGUUCGACCACCUUCGUCCCGGCUCCAGCCAUGUGGGCGAUGGCUCCCGCCGCCGCCGCCGCAAACAUGGGCAACGCCUUCUGGAUGCUCCCGGUGAACGGCGCCACGGCUGCGCAGCAGGAAUGGCAGUAUAGGCAGUCAUCAAUGCAGAGAGUGGGAGGGUUUCAAUUUCCCGGUCCAGGCCGGUACAGCCCGGUUCAAUUCGGGUCAAUGGUGGUUCAACCGUCGCCGCCUUCGCCGGUUCAGGCGCUUGAGACAAAUAUCGGUUUGCUGAGCUCUGCUUACAACAACAGCAGUAGCGAUAGCAGAAUUGAUUUGGGAAUGAAUUUGGAGCAAAAUCAUCAUAGCAGCGAUGAAAACCGAGAAGAUUCACAGUAAUUUACUCCAAUUUCUUUUCUUCAGCCAUUAAUUUGACACUAGUACAACUACUAUUUUAUUUUAGUGUGUUAUUUUUUUCUUGUUCAAUAAUUGUACUGUUUGUUAGUGCUUCGCCUCUUUCUCUCUCUUGGUGUUUAAUUUGGGGGUGGAUUAAAUAUGGGAAUUUUGGGUGA